UUAACGCUACUAUUUCACGGAGUUUAUCCCCCAAAGAGUUCAGUAUAUAUUUAACCACUUGUUUGGAGGAAAGCCAUACCAAACAUACAUACAAACACAAUAGGGUUUUACGCCAACGACUCUUAUAAUUAAAAAGCCAAACAAAUGAAGAGGAGUUGUGUAUAUAUGUGUUGUAUAUGCGAUGUGUAAUCAACCAAAAUCUUCAACAGUGUUUGGAUGUCAUACAAGAGUAUUAGUGAUGAGUUUUGUGAUUCAAAUUAUUUUUAGAGUCAAUAAUAGACUGUAAUAAUAGUAAUAAUAAUAAUAAUGAAUAUAUUAUAAGAAGAGUAUAUCUGGUGUUUGCUCUCUUCGCUGUCGAAGACAUCAGUUUUCAAUAGUCUAUAACAAGAAUAGUUGUCAUCGAAAGAAAAAAAUGUUUUUCACACCCUUUUGGCGAUCAUUGAAGUCCCGAUCGUUGUUUAUAUUGGUUUCUCUCAGUUGGUUAGCACUUAUUAUCUUCAUAUUUACCGUUAGCAGUGUCUACCAGCGGGUGCCCUACGAAACUAGUAUUACGCCCGAAGUGGACGCCAAAUAUAUCAAACUAAACGAACGGCUCAAUGAUGCGAACCAACAAAUCGAGACAUUGAUGUCUCAAAACCGAGAAUUGGCUCAAAAUCUGAAAAAAUUGUCGGAAUUUAAGAGUCAAAUGAAAAAAGAAAUGAUUGAUAAAAAGUUACGGGAAGUCAAUAGAGAGUCAUCAAUGAUAAAUGUGACCAAACCUAACACCCAAUACGAGUUGGCCUUUCGUCGUAUCAGACAAAAUACCGACGAGUUGUGGCACUUCUUGAGAAAACGGGUGCCAAACAAAUACAUGUCUUUCAUCGAUGAGUUGCGUUAUAAUAUGUAUUACGACUUGAAUGUGAUCGCCGAUCGGGACAAUCACUGGCGUAGGAAUGAGCGCAAGAAUCUCAGUGAUUACGUGCAAAAAGCCAUUUAUCGGCUACAGAAUCCUCGCGACUGUGAUAAGGCUAAGAAGUUGAUCUGUGAUCUGAACAAGUACUGCGGCUUCGGCUGUCAGAUACAUCAUUUGGCCCAUUGUUUUGUGGCCGCAAUGGCACUCAACAGAACGUUGAUCGCUGAAACGUCCGGUUGGCGGACAGCGUCUGUUAACAAAAAUGUCUGGAAUAAACUGUUCCAACCGUUUAGCCAAACGUGUUCAUCGCCCGAUGGCCACAAUCGUACCGAUUGGGGCAGUGGCGACCAAUUGGAUACAUAUCAAGUGCUUUACUAUCCCAUUAUAGACUAUAUAUCCCCGAUUCCCGAGUUUCUACCACUAGUUAUACCCGAACAGAUUGCAGAUGUCGUCAUCAGACAAAGCGGUGAACCGUUUAUUUGGUUCAUCGGACAAGUGCUCAAUUAUAUUAUGCGUCCAUCAAAUAAAAUGACUGAAUAUCUACAUAAAUUUAAACGAGACAAUAGCAUAGCACAUCCCAUCGUAGGAUUACAUGUGCGGAGGACCGACAAGAUUGGCACCGAAGCCAAGAUGCACUCAUUGGACGAAUACAUGUAUUUUGUCGACGACUACUACAACAAACUUGAUGUCCGCAAUGCGCGAAAAGGAGUCGAUAAAAAAGUCGAACGACUCGUCUAUUUGGCCACUGAUGAACCUGAAGUCUGGAAGAAAGAGAUAAUGCCUUACAAAGAGAGUGGUUAUGUGUUUAAAGGAGAUGUCCGACUGUCGGAAACGGCCGAUCCGUCACAGAGACAUGAGUUCGAGUCUUUGCACAACGUUGUCGUCGAUAUACUACUUCUAAGUCAAUGCGAUUUCAUUGUCUGCACUUUUAGCUCACAAAUAUGUCGAUUGGCCUUUGAGUUGAUGCAAACCAGAGAUACAGAACAAGACAUGUCUACCGCUUUCUACUCUAUAGACGAUAUCUAUUAUUUUGGUGGACAGGUAUUUCACGGCAAAAAAGCCAUAAUCAGUCAUAAGGCGCACAACUCACAAGAGAUCAGUUUCAAAAUAGGAGACAUAUUAGGCAUUGCAAACAAUCAACACAACGGCUAUAAUGAUGGCGACCACAACCGUACUAAACAUAAAGGUCUUUAUCCGCGUUUCAAAGUCACUGAAUUCAUCGAAACGAAACCGUUUGGCGUUUUUUGA